AUGUUGCAUGCCAUCAUAGCCGCUAUUAUAGCUGUGAUUCUUAUCAUAAAAACCUUCAUUUGGACCACAGUACUCAUCAAGCGCUGGAAACGGCAACGCGAAUUGAUGAGGCAAAAGGUUUUCAAAUCCCUGCAAACGGAGAAAACGGCAGAAGUGGCCAUUCCAGUGGUGGGCAUUCCGGUGGCCAAUCAGCCUGCUCAACUCAUUUUUAAUGACGAAACAGACCAACGUUUCAAGGAUGUUCAGAGUCUCGUGGAGAAUGCGACGUGGAUUGAGCUGGGCAGGGGCACUCUUGGGCCUCUCUUCAAGUGGGUACUCAAAGGAGGCGCCAUUGUCGUAGCCCGAAAGCUCGACAAAAUUACUGUCACCCGCCAGGAAUUUGCGAAACGUUUGCUCGUGUUAAAAACACUUCAACACCCAAAUUUGCUGCCACUCAGGAGUGGAUUCUUCUAUGGAGAGAUACCCUUCCUGAUUUUCGAUUACCUGUGUCUCGGUAGCCUUGAAGAUCUCUUGCACGGCAAAGAAAAGAGCUCUUUCACGGCUUUGAACUGGCCGAUCCGAGCCUGUGUAUCACUAUGCAUCGCCCGAGGAAUCGCCGCCAUUCACAGGAGCCCCGAGGGCCUGGUGUGCGGCGUAGUGAAAUCCUCCAACGUGCUGUUGAAAAACGAUUUCAAAGGCUGCCUGUCAGGCUACGAGCUGCCUUCUCUAGUCCCCGCCGCUGCCAUCAUAAAGCAGAACCCAGGGGCCGUGGCGCCCGAGCUCCUGCACACAAACACUCCAGUCUUCACUCACAGUUCAGACGUCUACAGCUUUGGCGUGUGUCUUUUGGAGUUGAUAACUGGCAGAAGGCCCAGGACACGGGCCCCCGAUGGACGGGAGAUUGAUCUGCGUGAAUUUGUGCAGAGUGCCCACAAUGAAAUUUUUGAUCCGGCUGUUGAUAGGGACGGAUCAAGCGAAGAGGAGAUGAGUAUGAUGGUGGGUAUUGCCAAGGAGUGCUUGUGUGAUGUAGCUGCUGAGAGACCCACGAUGAGCCAGGUUGUUGUCAAGCUGAAAAUGUUGAGGACACACCUCCACCACAGGAAUGACUCCAUCCAAGAGAUGGAGUAG